AUGAAAGUGAUAUCUUCAAAUAAUAUAUCCAUUAAGAAAAAAGAAGAAAGCUCUAAAACAAAAAUAAAAAAGAAAACUAGCAUUAAUAUGAGCAAGAGUGAAAAAAAUGAAUGUAAUAUUAGUGAAGGCUCUAAAAUGUGUGAAGAAUUGAUUCAAAGUAAUAGCAUAUCAUCUGAAAAAAACUUUAAUAAAAAAACGAAAGUUAAAAAAAAUAAAAGAUCAAGUAAAGAAUUCAUAAAAGAAGAAUGUGAAUUAGAUCAAGAAGAAAUGUUAGAGGGUGAAGAAGAUGGUGAAGAAGAUGGAAAAAAUGAGGAAGACAUGAAAAUAAGUGAUAUAACAAAAUAUUUUAAAGAAGGUCAAAAAGUUAUAACUCCGCCUAAUGGAGAUGGCACAAGAGCCUUCUAUGAAAGUUUGUUAGAUGAAAACCCCAAUUCAAUAAUUGCAAUUAAAUAUUGCAUAGAACAUGGGGUUCUUAGUGGUACAAAACAUCACGAAACUUUAAAUAAAUAUUAUAUGCUAAAGAAAAAUAAUGCAUUUAGAAAUAAUUUUGGAGGCAUAAAAUGUGAAUUUGUUGAAAUGUUAGAAAAAAUUAAAAAUGAUAAACUUAUUUCUAUGAAGAAUUAA